GCCCUCACACCCGCCAUGGCAGCAUCCCUCCGCAGGCUUGUGUCGCAGAAGAAGGUCCGGUACCAGGAAGAUGGGUUCGACCUCGACCUGACGUAUGUGACCCCACGGGUCAUUGCCAUGGGCUUCCCGGCUUCUGGCGUAGAGGCCGUCUACCGCAACCCGAUGAAGGAGGUCAAGAGAUUGCUGGAGGCCAAGCAUGGCGCGGCGUACAAGGUGUACAACCUGUGCGCCGAGUCGAAGCACCAGUACGCACCAGAUGCCUUUGCGCCUGCCCAGCAGACCGAUGACUACGAGUUUGAGGACCACAACGCCCUCCCGCUGCCGAUCCUCGCCGACCUCGCCACCGACGUUGCCGCCUUUCUUGCCGCCGACGACGCCAACGUUGUCGCCAUCCACUGCAAGGCCGGCAAGGGCCGGACUGGCCUCGUUGUCGCCUCUCUCCUCCUGCAUCUUGGCGAGGUCGCAUCGGCCGAUGCAGCGCUCGAGCACUUUGCCUCGGUCCGCACCUCGGACGGCAAGGGUGUUUCGGUCCCGUCGCAGAAGCGGUACGUCCAGUAUUACGCCAGCCUCCUCGAUGCCGGGCUCCGCGACGCCGCUGCCGCCGCCCUCGACCUUCCGUCCGCCCAACGGGCCGCUGCCCUCGACGCCGCCAUCCCACGCGCCACCAUCGUCCUCGACGCCGUCACCAUGCACACGGUGCCCAAGUUUGACGUCCGCGGCGGCUGCGAUCCCUACGUCGUCGUGGACACCUUUCACGACGGCGAGCUCGUCCGGACCGACACCGCUCCGCAUGUCAAGAACGAGGACUCGGUCACCAUCGACUUGCCCGGCGGCGUCACAGUCGGCGCCGACUUUCGGGUCACUCUGUACGACGCCGACGUGGGCGGCGGCGACGAUCUCAUGUGCUACUUUUGGCUCAACCCGGCGCAGCUGCUUGCCGACGCGCCGGCCGGCGAGUAUGUCCUACCCCACGACGCCAUCGACGGUGUCCACAAGGACAAGAAGAAGAAGCACUUUGACCCGUCGUUUGCGCUCGCCAUCACCUUUCAUGCUGUGUAAACGCGUAUUCACUUGUCC